UGGUUGCAAACAAACUAAUGAAAUAUUUAAUUCCUCCAGCUAAUCUUAUAUAUGAACAAACGUUUUUCUUUCCUUCAUAUCGCGCAGCACAAUGUAUGCAGCGGUGUUGUUUCUUUGUAGUGUUGGUAUUUUAUACAUACGUGGAUGUGAAGGCGGUUAUUGUACUCAGUACUAUACAUGUUCAUACAGUUGUUACCGUCAAACUACCUACUACACAAAUUGUGGCUUCUUGUGGCUGUCAAGAUGUACAAGAUACAGAUCGGCUUUAGAUACCUGCUACAAGCUGUGCAAUCGAAGCGAGUGUUGUACCGGAUAUCAGGGGUCGACUUGCGAUCAACCAAUCUGUUUCGGAUCGAUCAGUUGCCCAAAUGGCGGAACAUGUAGAGCCCCAGACACGUGCAGUUGUCGAACUGGAUUUUCCGGAACAAAAUGUUCAGAUACAAAUUUAUUUGCUGAAAUCAGCUCAAAGUUUAGGUGGAAGUGUAUCUCUGUAGAAAUCUAUAUAGUACAUAGCUUGUAAACAUUUAAUAAUACGUACAUAGCUUAGUUAUGGAAAAUUAACAUAACUAGAUUAACUACGCUAUACGUAUUUCAAUCACUUAACCAAUUAAUCCAAAUACAUUAUUGUAUAACAUUUCAGAUAUAAAGGAGUGUAGUUCUGGCACAGUGAGAUGUAACCACACAUGU